UAAACUACCCAAUCAUCGGGCUGUGUAUUGGAGGUGUGGUGUUUGGCGUUUUGGUAUUGGUCAGCACGUAUUAUUGCUACCAGAGGCGUAGGCGACUACGCGCCAAAAGAAACGGCCCCGACCAGCCUCUGGCUUUCCAUUCCCAUCGCAGGCCGACAGCUGUUAAGUCUCCUGCAGGGGCCGGUCCUGGAACCGGUACCCACUACCUGAAGAAGAGCCCCAGCCCUACCGGCAUCUCCAAAACGCCCCCUGGGAUAUCUGCCCCUCAUACCCCCAGUCCUACUGGCACCGUGGGCCCUCUGGAAAGCGGCGUCUCCAGCCAUCAGCCCUUUGAACCCAAACCGGAAAAUCAGAUUUCAAAGGACAAUUGCUCGACCGAAAACGAGCGCCAAUCGCCCACCAAAGAAGAGCAGGAGACCAAUGAGAAAAAUCUGCAGCAAAGCGCUGCCUACUUGGGACAGCUGGUCUUCAAAUUGAGGUACAAGCACGAUAAGAACGCAUUGAUCGUCUCAGUGGUGAGAUGCAAGGAUCUACCGGCAAAGGAUCCUAACACUGGAUCAAGCGAUCCUUACGUGAAGCUUCAGCUGCUUCCGGACAAACAACACAAGGUCAAGACCAGGGUCUUGAGAAAGACUCGCAACCCUGUGUACGAUGAGGACUUUACCUUCUACGGAAUCAGCUUCAAUCAGCUGCCCAGCAUCACGUUGCACUUUGUCGUUCUGAGCUUCGAUCGCUACAGCCGCGACGAUAUUAUCGGGGAAGUCUUCUGCGCUCUGAGCAACGUAGACAUUGCUCAGAUCGAGACUCAGCAACUGGCACUAUGCCGUGAGAUACAGCCCAGAAGCUUGAAGAUAAGAUCCCAAGGACGAGGCGAACUUCUUGUGUCCCUCUGCUGGCAACCAGCAGCCAACCGGCUGACUGUCGUCAUUCUCAAAGCCCGAAAUUUACCAAAAAUGGACGUAACAGGCUUGGCUGAUCCCUACGUGAAGAUCUACCUGCUCUACAACGGACAGCGGAUCGCCAAGAAGAAGACCCACGUGAAGAAACGAACCCUGAUGCCGGUUUUCAAUGAAAGUUUCGUUUUCGACGUGCCGGCCAAUGGACAAACCCUAGAUGGAAUCAGCCUGGAGUUUCUGCUGCUCGACUGGGAUCGAGUGACCAAAAAUGAGGUAAUCGGUAGGUUGGACUUAGGAGGAGCAAAAUGCACCGGAUCGGCCCUCACUCACUGGAACGAGGUCUGCAACUCGCCAAGAAGACAGAUUGCCGAUUGGCAUAAACUCAAAGAGUAAACCCGAUCGAGGCUGGUUGAUUCCGUUUCAAAACCAAUUUUUUAAGCUUCAAAUGCCAAUUCUACAUCUUUUCGACUGGUUUUCAAUUUUGUAUGCACGAUUUUACAUGGUGAGCGCGUAACUGUUAUCGAUGUUUUAGACACAUUCCCAUACUAAUCUCAAAGUGUAACAUAUUAGCUGAUUUGUUGGCACUCAAAAUAGAUAUGUAAGUGUAUAGUGAGCACCUCAAUUUCCAUGCCAUUUAUCUUAUGGCAACGACCGGGCUUUGUUUGAGUGGAAUCCACACUUUUCUCGUUUCGUAUUGAAGUUAAAUCAUAUUAGGUUGAAAGGAGAAAAUUAGAUCAAUCAAGAUAUCAAUACAAAACAAUGAACUUGAAUUGAAUUUAAAACUAAACUUAAUAGGAAACGCCUAAAAUUUGGAAAAUCAAUUUUAACCAGCACGCAAUUAUAAAGAGAUGUUUUACCGUAAUUUGUUGGAAAAGGUUUGUGAUAGUAAGAGAAAUUAGUACGUUAAUAUAUGAUGUAAAAAAGUACCAACCCGAAGGACUUAUACUAAAAGAUUACCAAUCGUAGAUGUAUGGCGAGAACACGAAUCUAUAGAGCUUUACUUAUGGUUUAAAUAGAUAAUAAUUAAUGUAAGAUCUUGUUUAGCACGUAGGAUAGUAGGCUUAAGGACUUGCUGUUUGAAUAUACUGAGUUUCCAACUCUCGUUUAUACAUUAUAUUUAUAAUCCAGUUGAUCACAAAGUAUAUUUUUGUAAUUUAGACAAAGCUCUGGCUUCACUUUACGACAACGCACAUUUUCAUCCAGCAAUGUGUUUUUCAUUUAUUUCCAGUUAGAACCGAGCUUUCUAACUUCACGGGUUAGAACAGCAAACGGUAGCUUUUAGGAAUCAAAUAUAACUUUCUUUAAAUGAAAAGCUAUAUUAAUUAACCAUUACGUGGUAUAAAAGAUAUAAAUAUAAUUUUUUUUAAUGAACACUACGAAGUAUUGGAUAUCUAAACUAACUAACUAAACAAAUGUAAGUAUAGAUUCUAGGCUUAUAUAUUGUAUUAUUUUUGUAUUUAGUUGCUGUUGUUUUUCUAGUUUAGCCAAAUUACAACCCUGUACAUAUAAAAGACACCAAAUAAAUGUUGAAAAAAAAUCA